AUGGAUGAAUUGACGAAAUUAGAACAUUUGUCAUUAGUGUCGAAAAUAUGUACCGAAUUAGAAAAUCAUUUGGGACUCAACGACAAAGAUUUGGCUGAAUUUAUCAUUGACCUAGCAUUCAACAACGAUACGUUAGAAACAUUCAAAAAAGCUCUUUUGAAAAAUGGAGCUGAAUUUUCAGAUUCAUUUAUUGCUAAUUUGCUGCGUAUUAUACAACAUAUGCAACCGAAAACAUCAAAACAAUCUGGAAAUAAAUUAUAUGAUAAUAUUGACAAAAAUGAUACAUUAGCAUGUAAAUUUCCGGGUUUAGCAAUACCCAAUGAAAUUGUUGGUGAAGAAAAUGACCCCAUUAGUGCUGUCAUGGCUGAAUUAGAGUCUUUUGCUCCGAUUCUUAGCUCCAAUGGUACUGGGGAGGAUAAAACUAACCCACCAAAUGCUUCACAUGAUAAACAUUUUUCCAGAAGUCGAUCUAAGAGUCAUGAUAGACAACACAGGAGGCGAAAUUCUAAAAACAGAAGUAGAAGUCGAGAAAAACAUCGUAGGGACAAAAGUCACGAUAAACAGAAAAAUAGAAGUCGUGAUAGACAGAGGGAUAGGAGUCGUGAUAGACAGAGAGAUAGAAGUCGUGAUAGACAGAGGGAUAGGAGUCGUGAUAGACAGAGGGGUAGGAGUCGUGAUAGACAGAGGGAUAGAUACAAUAAAGACAAAUCAUAUAGAGAUAGAAGUAAAGAAAAGCGAAGAGAUCAAAAUAAUGAUCGAAACAGAAAUCGAGAUAGAUAUGAUCAUCACAAUACUAAAAGAAGCAGGAGCAAAGAUGGACAAAGAAAAGAAAGAUAUGAAAAAGAAAUUGAAUCAAAAAGCAAAUUUCCAGAAUUGGGAAAAGUGUAUUCUGGUAAAGUCUUAAAUAUUGUAGACUUUGGUUGUUUUGUACAAUUAGAUAUGUUCCGUCAAUCCCAAGGACUUGUACACAUUUCACAAUUACGUCAAAAAGGAAGAGUGACUUCUGUUAGUGACGUCGUUUCAAGAGGUGAUAAAGUUAUGGUAAAAGUGUUAUCAAUAAGUGGUAACCAAAAAAUUUCAUUAUCCAUGAAAGACGUUGAUCAAGAAACUGGAGAAGACUUAAACCCUAUGAUACAACCUGGAGAUUUAGAUGAAGACGAUGAUAUGAUGGGUGGCCGUAACCCUGACCGACCUACUUCUUUAUUAGAAUUACAGACAAUUGCUGAUGCUGAUGAAAUGACAAAUUUAAAACGUAUGAAUAAGAUUUCAUCUCCAGAGCGUUGGGAAAUUAAACAAAUGAUAUCAGCCAAUUGUAUAGACAAAAGCGAACUUCCCGAUUUUGAUGAAGAAACUGGUAUUUUACCCAAAGACAACACUGAAGAAGAACAAGAUAUUGAAAUUGAAAUUGUUGAAGAUGAACCUCCAUUUUUACAUGGUCAUGGUAGAAAUCUCCAUGAUCUCAGCCCAGUUCGUAUAGUUAAAAAUCCAGAUGGCUCUCUCGCACAAGCAGCCAUGAUGCAAAGUGCAUUGUCCAAGGAACGUAGAGAACAUAAAAUGUUACAGCGCGAACAAGAAAUGGAUUCUGUGCCUAAAAAUGUUACUAAAAAUUGGAUCGAUCCUCUACCAGAUAAUGACAGUAGACAAUUAGCUUCAAACAUGCGAGGAAUUGGUUUAACUGCACAAGAUGUACCGGAAUGGAAAAAACAUGUUAUUGGCGGUAAAAAAAGUUCAUUUGGAAUGAAGACCAACCUAACUCUCCUGGAACAAAGACAAAGUUUACCAAUUUAUAAACUCAAAGAUGAACUCAUAAAAGCUGUAACUGACAACCAAAUAUUAAUUGUCAUUGGAGAAACUGGUUCUGGAAAAACCACUCAGAUUACUCAAUACUUAGCUGAGGCUGGGUUUACUUCAAGAGGUAAAAUUGGAUGUACUCAACCUAGAAGAGUAGCAGCCAUGUCUGUUGCAAAAAGAGUAUCUGAAGAAUUUGGAUGCAGAUUAGGACAAGAAGUCGGUUACACUAUUCGUUUCGAGGAUUGCACUAGUCCAGAAACUGUUAUCAAAUACAUGACAGACGGCAUGUUGCUGCGUGAAUGUCUAGUAGAUUUUGACCUGAAAAACUAUUCUGUGAUCAUGUUGGAUGAAGCUCACGAAAGGACAAUAAACACUGACGUUUUAUUUGGAUUGUUAAAACAAGCUGUCACGAAAAGGAAAGAACUUAAACUAAUAGUAACGUCUGCUACUCUAGACGCUGUGAAGUUUUCUCAAUACUUUUUUGAAGCGCCCAUAUUCACAAUUCCUGGACGUACUUUCCCCGUAGAAGUAUUAUAUACUAAAGAACCUGAGACUGACUAUUUAGAUGCAUCACUUAUUACAAUUAUGCAAAUACAUUUACGUGAACCACCUGGUGAUGUAUUACUUUUCUUGACGGGUCAAGAAGAAAUUGAUACAGCUUGUGAAAUUUUAUAUGAGAGAAUGAAGUCAUUAGGACCCGACAUACCAGAGUUAAUUAUUUUACCUGUCUAUUCAGCUCUACCUAGUGAAAUGCAAACCAGAAUUUUUGAAGCAGCCCCUCCUGGAUCUCGAAAAGUUGUAAUCGCAACAAAUAUUGCUGAGACUUCAUUAACAAUUGAUGGUAUCUAUUAUGUUGUCGAUCCUGGAUUUGUAAAACAAAAAGUUUACAAUUCAAAAACUGGAAUGGAUUCUCUAGUCGUCACACCAAUUUCACAAGCACAAGCCAAACAAAGAGCUGGUCGUGCUGGCCGUACUGGACCAGGCAAAUGUUAUAGACUUUAUACAGAGAGAGCCUAUAGAGAUGAAAUGUUGCCAACACCUGUGCCUGAAAUACAGCGCACAAAUUUAGCAACUACAGUAUUGCAACUGAAAACUAUGGGCAUUAAUGAUUUACUUCAUUUUGACUUCAUGGAUGCUCCACCAGUUGAAAGUUUAAUCAUGGCCUUGGAAUCAUUGCAUUCUUUAAGUGCAUUAGAUGAUGAAGGUUUACUUACCAGAUUAGGAAGACGAAUGGCAGAAUUUCCAUUGGAACCAAACCUCUCCAAAAUGUUGAUAAUGUCUGUUCAUCUUCAAUGUUCCGAAGAGAUAUUGACUAUUGUAUCCAUGCUUUCUGUUCAAAAUGUUUUUUAUAGACCAAAAGAUAAACAAGCAUUGGCUGAUCAGAAAAAAGCUAAAUUCAAUCAAGUUGAAGGUGAUCAUUUAACACUUUUGGCAGUGUAUAAUUCUUGGAAAAAUAACAAAUUUAGUAAUGCUUGGUGUUAUGAGAAUUUCGUCCAAGUACGUACACUGAAAAGAGCACAAGAUGUUCGUAAACAAUUGCUUGGAAUCAUGGACCGACAUAAGUUGGAUGUUGUUUCGGCUGGUAAAAACACAGCUCGAAUACAGAAAGCUAUUUGUUCUGGAUUUUUCCGUAAUGCAUCUAAAAAAGAUCCACAAGAAGGUUAUCGUACUCUUGUUGAUGGACAGGCGGUCUACAUUCAUCCGAGCAGUGCCUUGUUCAACAGACAACCUGAAUGGGUUAUGUAUCACGAGCUGGUUCAAACCACCAAGGAAUACAUGCGUGAGGUGACAACAAUAGAUCCAAGGUGGCUUGUUGAAUUUGCACCAGCAUUCUUUAAAUUCUCUGAUCCAACAAAAUUGAGCAAGUUCAAAAAGAAUCAACGACUAGAACCACUUUAUAACAAAUAUGAAGAACCUAACUCGUGGAGAAUUUCCAGAGUGAGGAGAAGAAGAAACUAA